UUCCCGUUCCAAUUAGAUUACGCGAAAUAUUUCGUUACGCUUGUUUUGUUUUUCGCUUCGUAGAGGUUAGGUUCUUUGUUUACAUUUUAUUCGCACAAAAAAAACACGAACAAACAGUAGUUGCACCGAAUGAUGGACCCGGCGACUAUUAGGGACGUAGUGUUGAAUGUUCGUGAACCGGUCGUGUUGCGGGAUGUGGAAAUUCCUUGGUUUUGCUUCGACCAAACGCUUCCGGAGUGGUUGCGGCUUCUGGAUGAGUCGUCGAACACAGAUGGAGGUGGGUUUUCGUUAGAUUGUGGACCAAGGAGGAAUGGUCGUGCGCCACAGUGGGAACGAUUGCGAGGACAGAUUCAGAAGAAGAUGAUGGAUUUCUACAAGGAGUCCACUGCAAGCGAUAACGAGUACUUCCGGGAAAAGUGGACGUCCUACAGCUACCGGUACAUUAACGAGUUGCCGGAGGAGUGUCGAAGGGGUAUCAGCUUUGAAUGCUUUGGUUUUCCGGAUAUCACGGAGGAUGUGUCCUUCUGGAUUGGAUCACGAGGAGCUCACACCCCCUGUCAUUACGACACCUACGGUUGUAACAUUGUGGUCCAGGUGCACGGCCGGAAGCGGUGGUUGUUGUUUCCUCCGGAAGCGAAGCUCCGGCGAACAAGGGUACCGUAUGAGGAGUCCAGCGUGUAUUGCGAGGAGAAUUUCUACAGUCCGGAAGCGUACUCGAAGGUGAUCGGGGUGGAGAAUGACGCCUUCCAUGUGGUGUUGGAACCGGGAAUGGCAUUGAUCGUUCCGCCAAAGUGGUGGCAUUACGUUGAAACGCUCGAGUUUUCGCUGAACUUCAACACGUGGAUUCAGUUGGAAAACGAUCCCGAAGAACAAAUCUCAGAGUGCUUCACGCGACUCAUCAUCCAGAACUAUUCGGAAGGUUUGAAUUUUCGCAACCUGAACUACAUGCUGAACCCAAACGAAGUGUCCUCCAUCGCUUCCACCUCCCAAGAAGAACUCCACUCGACUCUGGAGUACCUUCUCAACCAACGACGACGCCAGUCAGGAAAGCGACAGCGAACAAACCACUCGCGACAUCCCUCAAACUACAUGCCAAUGGCAGAUCAGAAUCAACUCCUAUCCACCCACAAAGACCACAUCAUCCCGGUCCGGAAGCUCGCGAAUCACGAGUUUUUCCAACUCAUGAAACAAAACGGUCAACGGUACGACCCCUCCCGGAAUCGGUCCAGUGAUGACGAAGAGGACAAUCGAUUGAUGGCGUGUGCAAUCAACCGGGCGUGUGAUCCUCAGCUGAUUGAAAUGGUGAAAAGUUGCGUUGAGGAAUCGAUCGAGCUCGAGUCUUGAAAAGGAGCAACGUUCAAGUGGACAAUCGUUUAAGCAUUGUUGUAAUUGUGAUAUCCAAAGGUGUCAGUUAAAAAAGAGCGCGACAAAACCGAACUCACUGGCUGUACGCGGUUGAAAAAGACCUGGAAAUCCUUUACUAAUAGCGGAGCGCUGGAGUAAAGUAACUUCGUAGCCAGCAAGGUAUCAUCAAGGUAGGUUAAACAUAUUCGUAGCGUACACUAAUGUCUUUAUCUUAGCGUGCAUGAAUAAAUUUAUAAUGUUUUCUUUCUAUGAAUAGAGUGACGUGGAAGAAUCGAACGUCACGUCACUCCACUCGUAGAAUGAGUAAUAUACGUGUUU